CAGGGAGAGUUUACUGCAACAGGCAGGGCGGAACUGCAAUUUGUACCAUGUCGAAGAGAAGACCUUUACAUAACUUAAUAAUUCAGGUGUCAUUUGAGCUAAGUUAAAUAUCCAGUUCGUCAGACGACUUCGCAGAUUCCACAGUGGCUUGUUUAUGGGUGUUUUUGCCGCUGCCUGAACUUUUCUCGCAUUCUUCCCUAGUGUAUUUUUCACGAAGAGAGGCGCGGCGGCGGAGCGCUCGGCAGCCAUCUUUGGAGCUUGCCUGGGAGUGGGAGCUGACUGCUGUGGCACCCCCGUUUACUUCAAGGGUGGGCAUUUUAAUCUUUAGUAAUUUCACUGACGUACUCUGUUUAAUCGGCUGACAGCGUGAAGAACCGCCAGGAUUUAUCUUACGAAGCUUCCGUGCUGGGAAUGAAACUGGAAAAGUACUUUCUAAUCCCAAAUUGGUCUAAAGUGUACGCCACUCUCCUCAUCCCUCAGAACUGGCCUGUCAGAACAGGGGCCCAUUCCUACCUCUCCGGAGCCGCGUGAACAGGAAGUGCAGAGAGUCGCGGUGUAGUGAGGGCAUACGUUGGGAAUUCCAGCCCUCCGGCUUUGUUGUCCUGUCCUGCCGCAUUCUUAAGCGUUUUUGUGAGCGGCGGUUUGGAAGGCUUGUCCUGAUUCACGGAGCGCUGAACACAUGAAAUCACUGUCCUGCAGAUGAACCGUCGCAGGGGGCUUGCCCGUCGCUGUCGCAGACCCAGAUAGUUCCCGGCGGCGGCGGCAGCGGCACCGCCCCGACGUCCCCCGGCAUGCCCAACAACAGCCGGGCGGGGAACCUGAAGGACCCCGAAAUCGCAGAACUCUUCUUCAGGGAGGACCCGGAAAAGCUCUUCACAGAUCUGCACGAAAUCGGACAUGGCAGCUUUGGAGCUGUGUAUUUUGCACGGGAUGUGCGGUCAAAUGAUGUGGUGGCCAUCAAGAAGAUGUCCUAUAAUGGAAAACAGUCUAAUGAGAAAUGGCAAGAUAUAAUCAAGGAGGUGAAAUUCCUACGGCGAAUACAGCACCCGAACAGCAUAGAGUACAAAGGAUGUUACCUGCGAGAGCACACUGCGUGGCUGGUAAUGGAGUACUGUCUAGGCUCAGCUUCAGAUUUGUUAGAAGUCCACAAGAAACCCCUGCAAGAAGUUGAAAUUGCUGCAAUUACCCAUGGUGCUCUUCACGGAUUGGCUUACCUUCACUCCCACAACAUGAUCCACCGUGACAUCAAAGCAGGAAACAUCUUGUUGACUGAACCGGGUCAGGUGAAACUAGCAGACUUUGGCUCGGCCUCCAUUGCCUGUCCAGCCAAUUCUUUUGUCGGGACUCCAUAUUGGAUGGCCCCGGAGGUCAUAUUAGCCAUGGAUGAGGGUCAGUAUGAUGGAAAAGUGGACAUCUGGUCUUUGGGAAUAACCUGCAUUGAAUUAGCUGAGAGGAAGCCUCCACUGUUCAACAUGAACGCGAUGAGUGCCUUAUAUCAUAUAGCACAGAAUGACAGCCCCAUUCUGCAGUCUACCGAAUGGACGGAUUAUUUUCGGAAAUUUGUCGAUUCGUGUCUUCAGAAACUUCCUCAGGAAAGGCCAAACUCCGAGGAGCUCCUAAAGCAUGCGUUUAUCCAGCGUGAACGGCCGGAAUCGGUCCUAAUAGAUCUGAUAAAUCGGACCAAGGAUGCUGUGAGGGAACUAGACAAUCUGCAGUACCGCAAGAUGAAGAAGAUCUUAUUUCAGGAAGCCCACAAUGGCUCCACGAAUGAGCCGCAAGACGAUGACGAGGAGCCGGACCCCAGCGUGAGCGGGACGGGCACGGUGAACAGCGUCGGGAGCAACCAGUCCAUACCCAGCAUGUCCAUCAGUGCCAGCUCCCAGAGCAGCUCCGUCAACAGCCUACCCGACGCAGGCGAGGACAAGAGCGAGCCGGACAUGGACGGCGACGGCACGGUGAUGUCCAACAGCUCGGUCAUUAAUCUCAAACCCGAACAAGAGACGCUCAAAGAAGAGUCAGAGCCUCAUGGUAGAGCCACAACGGAGCCACAAGCUGCCCCCACUCAGACCCAGAGGACGAGACGAAACCGUGAAGACUUUGCGACUAUACGCACAGCGUCAGCGCUCACACGCCAGAUGAAGGAGCACGAGCAAGAAUCGGAGUUAAGAGAGCAGAUCCUGGGCUACAAGCGAAUGAGACGGCAGCACCAGAAGCAGCUGCUGGCUCUGGAGAACAGGCUGAAGACCGAGAUGGAUGAGCACCGGCUCCGUCUGGACAAGGAGCUGGAGACCCAGAGGAAUAACUUCGCCCAAGAGCUGGAGAAGGUGGUCAAGAAACACCAAGCAUCCAUGGAGAAAGAUGCAAAAACAUUUAGCAACGAUGAAAAGAAGUUCCAACAUCACAUCCAGAGUCAGCAGAAGAAAGAGCUGAACAGCUUCCUGGAAUCCCAAAAACGGGAGUACAAGCUUCGCAAGGAGCAGCUGAAAGAGCAGCUGAAUGAAAACCAGUCGACGCCCAAGAAAGAAAAGCAGGAGUGGCUGUCCAAGCAGAAGGAGAACUUCCAGAACCUCCAAGCAGCGGAAGAGGCCAACCUCCAGCGCAGACAGAGGCAGUACCUGGACCUGGAGUGUCGCCGGUUCAAAAGAAGGAUCCUGAUGGCUCGCCACAAAAUUGAACAGCAGCAUCUGCGAGAGGAAUUAAACAAGCGUCAGACCCAGAAGGACUUGGAGCACGCAAUGCUCCUUCGACAUCACGAGUCCAUGCAAGAGCUUCAGUUCCGCCAGCUCAACACCAUCCAGAAGACGCGGGUUGAGCUGACCCGGCUACAGCACCAGACGGAGCUGACCAAUCAGCAGGAGUACAACAAGAGGAGAGACCGGGAGCUUAGACGAAAACACGGCAUGGAGGUUCGUCAGCAGCCCAAGAGCCUCAAGUACAAAGAGAUCCAGAUCAAAAAGCAGUUUCAAGACACGUGUAAGAUCCAGACCCGGCAGUAUAAAGCAUUGAGGAACCACCUGUUGGAGACCACACCAAAGUCCGAGCACAAAGCUGUCCUCAAACGUUUAAAGCAGGAGCAGCAUCGCAAACUUGCCAUUUUAGCAGAGCAGUACGACCAUUCCAUCAGUGAAAUGCUCUCAACACAGGCGUUACGCCUGGAUGUGACUCAGGAAUCUCAGUGCCAAGCAUUACAGAUCCAGCUGCAGCAGGAGCUGGAGCUUCUAAAUGCCUACCAGAGUAAAAUUAAGAUGCAGACGGAUGCACAGCAUGCCCGCGAGAAGAAUGACCUGGAACAAAGGGUGUCACUCCGAAGAGCGCUACUGGAGCAAAAGAUUGAGGAGGAAAUGCAGUCGUUGCAAAACGAGCGCACCGAGCGCAUCCAGAACCUGCUGGAGCGCCAGGCCAGGGAAGUCGAGGCCUUUGACUCGGAGAGCAUGCGCCUGGGCUUCAACAACAUGAUGCUGGCAGACCUCUCCCCCGAAGCGCUCAGCAACAGUUUCCCCGGUGCGCCAGGCGGCUACAGCCAGCACCAGCAGCUGCGGCCCUCCUCAAGCUCUCAAGGGCCACGCUGGGGCAGCCGCGGUUCCAGCCUGAGCUCCAAUCACAGAGGCAGCCACCACCACUACCAAUCCAGCUUAGGAGGGUCGCCUAUGCAGCAAGGGUGGGGGGGGCAUGGCUCACCGGGCGGAGGAGGAGGUGGUGCGGGUCAGAUGCAGUGGGGCCACCCACAAGGCGGGGCCCUGCAGGCAAUGGGAGGGCGCGUCGAGCCCGGGAUGAGCAGGAGCUCCAGUGUUACCUCGCAAAUAUCCAACGGGUCGCAGUUCUCCUACUCUUAGAUUCGCCUUCCUGUCUGCUUUGGAGUCACUUUAUAUAGAAACCUGUCUGCCUGUGACACUACCCCCUUCCCAAAAUGUCUCCCCUUGUACAGAUGUGGAUGUGUGGUGGAGUAAAUGUUGCUCAGGUCAAAAAAAAAAAAAGGGGGCCGGGGGGAGCCUCCCUCUCCCCCAGCCCAUCCUCAACGGCAAUUUUAUGAGCACACAGAUUCUGAAAUGCAUGUUACACAAGAGUAUCAACAAGUAAGUUUGACUUGUUUUUCUUUUUUUUGUUUUUACAGUUCUCCUUUGUGGAGGAUAUUUUUUCGUACGUUUGUGCUAUUCACAGCCAUUGCUCUCGUUUUGCACAUAAAACACCACUCUAAAGCCUUUUGUAGGUUCAAACAAUCGCAUUAAAUAGAUUUUUUUUAUUAUUAUAAUUUUUAUUUCAAUUUUUUUAUCUUCCCGUUUAUGUUUAGCGAUGCACUGGCCAAAUUGUUUUGUUCUUUUUUUGUUUUUUUUUCUGUGGUACAGUGGAGAACCCAAUCAAACGACUGGGGAUGCUUUGCUGUUGUCUACCAGCCUGCUGUAGUGGCCCUUCAUGUUUUUUUUUUAAUUAAAAAAUUUUUCGCUCCGCCUUAAUUCUCGAGGAUCAACCAAAAAAAAAAAAAAAAGAAAAAAAAACUUCACAAAUACAGAACCAAACAAAUCUUAAUCGCUUUAGACGGUUGCUUCUACUAACACUGUGCCUUUUAGCUUUCAUUAGCUCAGUUUGUUUCAGCUAACUCGGGUUAAGUACUUUUACAUUUCUUCAUUUAUCUCUGGUCUCUAACGUAGAUUGUAUUUUAGUCUCCGAAAUGGUUUUGCAUAAAUUUCUACAACUAAAUAUAGCAGAAACAUUCAAAGCUACUUUUUGGCAUAUUUUUUCUCUUUUUAUGUUGUUGUUUAUGCCUGAGUGCAGAGAAUGUCACUGUAACCCUUAAACGUAUCAGCCUUCAAAAACAAUCUUUAGUGCUAAUCCUUAUUUUUUAUAUAUAUAAAUAUAUAUUGGUGCCUUUUUAAUACUGCUGCCUUUUUCGAAGCACUUUAUACAGCUCGACGAGUGUAAGAUUAAUAUUUGACUUCUUUUCUCAAAGCUCCUGGUGAAUGAAUGUUUCAUUGGUACGCAUGUAGAAAAGUCACUUACUGUGCUGUGAUAUUUUCUUUUUCCCCCUUUUGCAUGUUGGACAGUAUAAGUGAAAGCAAUUUCCAAAUUUUUACAGCCUUUUCUCUUUUUUGAGACUGCAGAUGUGUGUUACUGCUUCUGUUUGUGUUUCUGUGUGACGUUGACUGAACAGAAUAUGUGAGGAUGCAGCCUUUGUGUUUUUUUUUUUAGAUGUGUACAGAUGACAGUUUCCAUGAAACCAACUGAACAAAAACUCGAACCUUUUAUGUGCAGGCAGUGAGUUACGACCAAGACAACCGGCUCUGUGCUACUGAACGUAAAGGCUUAUUGAAAAUAACAUUUUGAGGCCUAAAUCCUUUUUUUUUUUUAGGUUGUUUUUUUGGGGGAGGGGGGGUAAGAUGCAGAAUCUGUCAAAAGCAUUGAUGCCUCUUGAACUUUUUGUCACAUUACAACCGCUAAGUUGAUUUCUUGGGGAUUUUACUUGAUAUUACAACUGAUGACACAUAGGAACUCAUAACUGUGAGGUAAAAUAAAAAUGUUUUUUUUUUUCUGUCCAAUUCUUUGUUAGAUCUUUUAGAAAACAGCUGAAAUUCAGUCUGAUUGACCUUGGACGGUAUCUUUAACAUCAAAUAUUUCUGCAGAUUUAGUUGGACUUUGACUAGUCCAUUCUCACUAUUGCAGCUUUCACUAUAGGUUUUGGACUAUUGCCCACUUUUAUGUUUUUAGGUUGUUUUUUUACCCCUUUCAACACUAGAUUCCUCCCCAACGCACCCAAGUCAUUUUUUUUUUUUUAUUGUUUCAUUUAUUUCUGCAUCACAUCAUCCCCACAGCAUGACACUGCCUCUACUGUAUUCCGCUGUGGGGACUGUGUAUCCUAGGUGAUUAUCAGUCGUAGUUUUCCAAGCAUACACAGACACACAUAAAUAUAUGUUUUGAGGGCUAAAAAACAGAAGUUAUGUUCUCAUCCGACCAAAUAAAUAAAAGCCUAAUGAGGUACUUUUAAAGUUUGUGGUUGUAGCAUGACAAAACAUGAGAAGGUUCAAGAGGUGUAAAGACGUUUUCCCUUUUUUUUUUUCCUGCUAACAAAGUUUAAACUUUUUUUUUUUUUUUAAAGAGUAAUUUGACAUAAAUAAUUCAGGUGUGUCCUGUGACUCACGGUUGAAAAUAUUCACAUUUUUAGUGUUCUAUGGAAAGUUUGUUUUUCUUUCCUGAUCUUCAUGUAGCAGUAUCAACCCUAUUUUUUGGUUUAUUUUCUUUUUCCAAGUCUCAUCUAGUUGUUUUGAAAGCACCGGACUUGAUUCCUCAUUCUUGAAUUCAGUCAUCUCCUUUGAAUGCCACCUUUGUAGUCUGUUGAGCAACACUUGUGCAGAUGAUUUUCCGAACCCUACACCUUCGAGCGUUUUGUCCUCAUUCCAGCCUGAUUCAGGGCUGUUGUUAAACUUCUUUUUCAUUUUCUGACGACACAAAAAGUGCUGGGAUUAAUUUUUUUUUCCCUUUCAGGUUGUACUUUAAUUUCUGUAUAUAUUUCACCACAGAAAAGUAUGCAUAAUAUCAAGUAACGUAAUAUAUGGCCUCAAAAACUUUUAUGCCUACUGCUACUGUAUCCAAGUAAGUUGUAUUCAAUUCUCUUGAAAUUUUUUUCCCCCUUUGGCUAGAAAUAAAAUUAUAAUGUACUAAUAACUGGGAGUUUUUCUGCAACUCUAAAGCCAAGACCAAGUGUUUGAAUGUUACGCCAGCAAAACCUUGCAUACAUGCCAAGUUUUACUUUCAGAUUGGACAAUUCGACUUCACUCUAAAAUGUGGCUAAAUCUUGAUGUUACAGUCAAGCCCGUACUUUCUUUUUUGCUUUUUUUUUUUUUUUUUUAAAUCGUUUCAUGGAACAGUUUCUAACAUCCUACUGACUGAAAGCGAGUGGGAUGCAGGAUUGUGAAUCGGCAACUGAAACAGGAUUCUCUCUCUGCGGUCAAACACUGUGCCAUACCGGAAGUCGCCAACACCGAACAUCCGCAUGUCUGUUCUCAUCUCGAAGCUUUCACCCGUUAAGUGACUGUUGGUUAGAAUUGAAUCUUAACGAUCAAGUUUUUUUUUGUUUUGUUUUUUUGGUGGGUUUGGGGGUUAAAGUUUAAUUAAAAAAAAAAAAAAAAAAAAAGGCGGAGUUACAGACAAAUGAUGAAAAGAUCGCAUUUCUUUGAAGAUGUCAGUAUUCUUUGGCACAUUACCACUACAACUUAUAACCUGUAUUAAAAUGUAUAGAUGGUGGAGAUUCUUAUUGAAUGUCAGAUGUUAUGAAGAUACUACGUGAAAGAUGGUAAAGUACUAAAAUUGUGUAAAAGAAAAACUUUUUUUUUUUUUUUGAACAAAAAUAGGAUCCAUUAUUGUAUUGUUUGUAUUGUAUACCAUUUUAUUGUGUUGGCAGAGGGAUAUUGAACAGAAAUCAGCUGUAAUAAAGUAAUUUUAGUAUUA